GACGGAAGUCCCGCCUAGAGGACCGGGAAGUAGGAGCGGGUUGAGAUCGGGGCUGUGGGCGAUGGGGGUCGGGGAGACGGGGAUCCUAGAGAGAGCUGGACGUGUGAAGGUGCCGCCGCGGUAGGCCCGACUUGGCCCGGCCUGGGCAACGGACUCUGGAACGCAGAGGGAUGGAGGGGUCGAAGUCAUCGAGUAGCACCAUGCAGGUGAGCUUCGUGUGCCAGCGCUGCAGCCAGCCCCUGAAACUAGACACGUCCUUCAAGAUCCUAGAUCAAGUCACCAUCCGGGAGCUCACAGCUCCACUACUUACCACAGCUCAGACAAAGCCUGGAGAGACCCAGGAGGAAGAAACUAACUCAGGAGAGGAGCCAUUUGCUGAAACUCGGCAGGAUGGUGUCUCCCGCAGAUACAUCCCCCCAGCCAGGAUGAUGUCCACGGAAAGUGCCAACAGCUUCACUCUGAUUGGGGAGGCAUCUGAUGGAGGUACCAUGGAGAAUCUCAGCCGAAGACUGAAGGUCACUGGAGACCUUUUUGAUAUCAUGUCAGGCCAGACAGAUGUGGAUCACCCUCUGUGUGAGGAAUGUACAGAUACCUUGUUGGAUCAGCUGGACACCCAGCUCAACAUCACAGAAAAUGAAUGUCAGAACUACAAACGGUGUUUGGAGAUCUUGGAGCAAAUGAAUGAAGAUGAUGAGGAAAAGUUGAAGAUGGAAUUGAAGGAGCUGGCACUUGAGGAAGAGAGGUUGAUCCAGGAACUGGAAGAUGUAGAAAAGAACCGAAAAAUCGUGGCAGAAAAUCUUGAGAAAGUCCAGGCAGAGACUGAGCGGCUAGAUCAAGAGGAAGCUCAAUACCAGAGGGAAUAUAGUGAAUUUAAACGACAACAGCUGGAGCUAGAUGAUGAGCUAAAGAGUGUGGAUAACCAGAUGCGUUAUGCCCAGAUCCAACUGGACAAGCUGAAGAAAACAAAUGUUUUUAAUGCAACAUUCCACAUCUGGCACAGUGGACAGUUUGGCACAAUUAAUAACUUUAGGCUGGGGCGGCUCCCUAGUGUCCCAGUGGAGUGGAAUGAGAUCAACGCUGCAUGGGGGCAGACGGUAUUGCUGCUCCAUGCCUUAGCCAAUAAAAUGGGCCUGAAAUUUCAGAGGUAUCGCCUUGUUCCUUACGGAAAUCACUCGUAUCUGGAGUCUCUCACAGACAAAUCCAAGGAGCUACCAUUAUACUGUUCUGGAGGUUUGCGGUUUUUCUGGGACAACAAGUUCGAUCAUGCAAUGGUGGCUUUCCUGGAUUGUGUGCAGCAGUUCAAAGAAGAGGUGGAGAAGGGCGAGACACGCUUCUGUCUGCCUUACAGGAUGGAUGUGGAGAAAGGUAAGAUUGAAGACACAGGAGGCAGUGGCGGCUCCUAUUCCAUCAAAACCCAGUUCAACUCUGAGGAGCAGUGGACAAAGGCACUCAAGUUUAUGUUGACAAAUCUGAAAUGGGGUCUUGCUUGGGUCUCCUCACAAUUUUAUAACAAAUGACUUUUCUUAUUUUCUCCAUGAGGGUGAGGGAGUCUUCUGCCCUAAUGGCUUUAGAAUAUGUUUUGUUGGCAGAAAUGUUAUAAAUUAAGUUCAUUUAAUAUUAAACAAUACAACAUGUUUACAGUACCAAAAAGGAAAACCCACAAAGCCACUUUAUUUUAAAAGAAUAACAUUCUAUUGUGAGUAGUGUCCAGAGCAGUAACAAAACAUGUAUAAUUCUCCACCAGCCCAUUUCACAACUUCAUACUCCUUGAAAACAGGAAAUAAGGUUGCUUUUAUAAAAAGUCUGAGAUAAAAGUAGUUAUCAGUGGAUUUUAUCUCUCCUAAUUUUAUGCAUAUUCAACAUGGUUUUUUUUUUAUAUAAACACCUCUCUAUUAAGAGAAGUGUAUAUGUGUGUAACAUCAAGUAACAUGGAAAAAUGUCAACCUUUGCCUGGAGGCCACAUAAUGUGAUCAGAAGCUUGAAAUUUAACACUUUUCUUUCUCAAGUCUAGUGCUUAUUGCCUAUCUGCUCUGUGCCAACAGACACAUGGCAGAAAAAAGAGACAUGAACAGACUUUAAUACCGUUUGGAGCAUUAUGAAGAUAAUUCUUCGCAAUAAAGAUUUGCUGCAGUCUGUUACUUUGCAGAGGUGCACUGGUUGUAAAACAAUAAAAAAAACCCUUCUAUAAUAAAGUACUUUGUAUUCUGGAAAAAGCAAACUCAUGUAACUAUGUUAGAAAGGUUGGGGUGUGUGAUUUAAAGUAUUUAUUUAAAGUAGACUAAAAAUAGCCAGUUCUGGAA